AUGAGCUGGCAAUGUGUGCUAGCAGCCCCAAAAGCCAAUUGCAUCCUGGGCUGCAUCAAAAGUAAUCUAGCUCCAUUGCUCGGUCUCAGAAAUCUAACUGUGGUGGAUCUUGGGACUAACUUCAUUAAAAUAGCUGACUUGAAAGUGUUCAAGGAGUUCCCUGCUCUUAAACUCAUAGACCUCUCAGUGAAUAAAAUUUCUCCUUCUUCAGAGGAAAGCAAUUCUUAUGGAUUUUGCUCUAAUCCUCGGAUUUCAGUAGAGCAAUACAAUAGGCAAGUAUUACAAGAAAUGCAUUAUUUCAGGUAUGACGUAUAUGGGCGAAGUUGCAGGUCCAAAGACAAAGAGGCUGCUUCCUACCAAUCUUCAGUUAAGGAAGAGUGCCUGAGGUACGGAGAAACUCUGGAUUUGAGCAGAAACAAUAUCUUUUUCAUUAACCCCUCAGACUUCCAGGGACUUGGUUCCCUCAGAUGCCUCAACUUGUCAGGUAAUGCAAUAAGUCAAACCUUAAACGGAAGUGAAUUCUCUUCCUUGUCUGGAUUGAAAUAUCUGGAUUUUUCCGACAACAGGAUUGACUUGCUCUACUCAACUGCUUUCAAAGAGCUACAACUUCUAGAAGUUCUAGACCUGAGCAACAACAAAUAUUAUUUCUUGGCAGAAGGUGUUAGUCACACGCUGAGUUUUAUGAAAAACUUGGCCCACCUGAAGAAGCUGAUGAUGAAUGAGAAUGAGAUUUCUACCUCUAUUAACACAGGAAUGGAAAGUCAAUCUCUUCAAAUUUUAGAAUUCAGAGGAAAUCGCUUGGAUGUUUUAUGGAUGGAUGGCAAUGCUAAAUACUUGUCAUUCUUCAAGAAUCUGACCAGCCUGGAACAACUGGAUAUUUCCUUCAACUCACUCAGUUUUUUACCUGCGGAUGUUUUUCAAGGUAUGCCUCCAGGCCUCAAGACCCUCAACUUAACCAAUAAUCAGAUGAAGAGUUUCAACUGGGGAAAACUGCAGUAUCUGAAGAAACUCGUAACUCUGGACCUCAGCAAUAACCUUCUCUCUACUGUUCCCCGAGAACUGUCCAAUUGCUCUUCAACACUCCAAGAACUGAUGCUCCGAAACAAUCGCAUUCAGCGACUAACCAAACACUUUCUCAGAGGUGCUUUUAAAUUGAAAUACUUGGACCUCAGUGCAAACAAGAUUGAAAUAAUUAAGAAAUCUAGCUUCCCUGAAAACGUCAUUAACAACCUGAGGAUGCUGCUCUUGCAUGGCAAUCCUUUCAAGUGCAAUUGUGAUGCCGUGUGGUUUGUUUCCUGGAUCAAUCAAACUCAAGUGACUAUUCCUCUUCUGGCAACAGAUGUGACCUGUGCAGGCCCAGGGGCACAUAAAGGAAAGAGUGUGGUUUUCUUGAAUUUGUAUACGUGUGAGCUGGACACCUCGUAUUUGAUCCUGUACGCUCUGUCAGCCUCAACUGUCCUAGCCUUAAUGGCGUUCACAGUGAUGAACCAUCUCUACUUCUGGGAUGUGUGGUAUAGUUACCAUUACUGCACUGCCAAGCUGAAGGGCUAUCGGCGCCUCCCUUUACCAGAUGCUUGCUACGAUGCUUUUAUUGCCUAUGACAACAAAGAUCCGGCUGUGAAUGAGUGGGUGCUGACAGAACUGGUUGAAAGGCUGGAGGAUCAGAAACCCAGGCAGUUCAAUCUAUGCCUGGAAGAAAGGGACUGGCUGCCAGGACAGCCCGUCUUUGACAACCUUUCCCAGAGCAUUCGGCUGAGCAAGAAGACCGUCUUUGUGCUGACCAACAAGUAUAUUAAAAGCGGUCGCUUCAAGACAACAUUUUACAUGGCCCACCAGCGCCUUCUAGAUGAAAAAAUAGAUGUCAUUAUCUUGAUAUUUCUUGAGAAGGUCUUGCAGAAGUCUCGGUAUGUCCGGCUGAGGAAGAGGCUGUGCAGAAGUUCUGUCCUGGAAUGGCCCACUAACCCCCGAUCUCAGCCCUACUUCUGGCAGUGCCUGAAAAAUGCCAUAGCUACCAGUAAUACCCUGGCCUACAACAAGCUACUCCAAGAAACUGUUUAUAAUCUAGCUCCAUUGCUCGGUCUCAGAAAUCUAACUGUGGUGGAUCUUGGGACUAACUUCAUUAAAAUAGCUGACUUGAAAGUGUUCAAGGAGUUCCCUGCUCUUAAACUCAUAGACCUCUCAGUGAAUAAAAUUUCUCCUUCUUCAGAGGAAAGCAAUUCUUAUGGAUUUUGCUCUAAUCCUCGGAUUUCAGUAGAGCAAUACAAUAGGCAAGUAUUACAAGAAAUGCAUUAUUUCAGGUAUGACGUAUAUGGGCGAAGUUGCAGGUCCAAAGACAAAGAGGCUGCUUCCUACCAAUCUUCAGUUAAGGAAGAGUGCCUGAGGUACGGAGAAACUCUGGAUUUGAGCAGAAACAAUAUCUUUUUCAUUAACCCCUCAGACUUCCAGGGACUUGGUUCCCUCAGAUGCCUCAACUUGUCAGGUAAUGCAAUAAGUCAAACCUUAAACGGAAGUGAAUUCUCUUCCUUGUCUGGAUUGAAAUAUCUGGAUUUUUCCGACAACAGGAUUGACUUGCUCUACUCAACUGCUUUCAAAGAGCUACAACUUCUAGAAGUUCUAGACCUGAGCAACAACAAAUAUUAUUUCUUGGCAGAAGGUGUUAGUCACACGCUGAGUUUUAUGAAAAACUUGGCCCACCUGAAGAAGCUGAUGAUGAAUGAGAAUGAGAUUUCUACCUCUAUUAACACAGGAAUGGAAAGUCAAUCUCUUCAAAUUUUAGAAUUCAGAGGAAAUCGCUUGGAUGUUUUAUGGAUGGAUGGCAAUGCUAAAUACUUGUCAUUCUUCAAGAAUCUGACCAGCCUGGAACAACUGGAUAUUUCCUUCAACUCACUCAGUUUUUUACCUGCGGAUGUUUUUCAAGGUAUGCCUCCAGGCCUCAAGACCCUCAACUUAACCAAUAAUCAGAUGAAGAGUUUCAACUGGGGAAAACUGCAGUAUCUGAAGAAACUCGUAACUCUGGACCUCAGCAAUAACCUUCUCUCUACUGUUCCCCGAGAACUGUCCAAUUGCUCUUCAACACUCCAAGAACUGAUGCUCCGAAACAAUCGCAUUCAGCGACUAACCAAACACUUUCUCAGAGGUGCUUUUAAAUUGAAAUACUUGGACCUCAGUGCAAACAAGAUUGAAAUAAUUAAGAAAUCUAGCUUCCCUGAAAACGUCAUUAACAACCUGAGGAUGCUGCUCUUGCAUGGCAAUCCUUUCAAGUGCAAUUGUGAUGCCGUGUGGUUUGUUUCCUGGAUCAAUCAAACUCAAGUGACUAUUCCUCUUCUGGCAACAGAUGUGACCUGUGCAGGCCCAGGGGCACAUAAAGGAAAGAGUGUGGUUUUCUUGAAUUUGUAUACGUGUGAGCUGGACACCUCGUAUUUGAUCCUGUACGCUCUGUCAGCCUCAACUGUCCUAGCCUUAAUGGCGUUCACAGUGAUGAACCAUCUCUACUUCUGGGAUGUGUGGUAUAGUUACCAUUACUGCACUGCCAAGCUGAAGGGCUAUCGGCGCCUCCCUUUACCAGAUGCUUGCUACGAUGCUUUUAUUGCCUAUGACAACAAAGAUCCGGCUGUGAAUGAGUGGGUGCUGACAGAACUGGUUGAAAGGCUGGAGGAUCAGAAACCCAGGCAGUUCAAUCUAUGCCUGGAAGAAAGGGACUGGCUGCCAGGACAGCCCGUCUUUGACAACCUUUCCCAGAGCAUUCGGCUGAGCAAGAAGACCGUCUUUGUGCUGACCAACAAGUAUAUUAAAAGCGGUCGCUUCAAGACAACAUUUUACAUGGCCCACCAGCGCCUUCUAGAUGAAAAAAUAGAUGUCAUUAUCUUGAUAUUUCUUGAGAAGGUCUUGCAGAAGUCUCGGUAUGUCCGGCUGAGGAAGAGGCUGUGCAGAAGUUCUGUCCUGGAAUGGCCCACUAACCCCCGAUCUCAGCCCUACUUCUGGCAGUGCCUGAAAAAUGCCAUAGCUACCAGUAAUACCCUGGCCUACAACAAGCUACUCCAAGAAACUGUUUAGCUCUACUGUAAACACUGCUCGGAUGCCUGGUGAGCAAAAGGUCCUAAACGUAACUUGGAGAAACUGUUGAGGUGUGGAGGAUAAGAGGAAUUGUGCCAUUGUUCCCAAAAUGAAACGUGCAAUUGGUCCUCAAGCUGAUAGUACACUUGUUUUGCUAGGACAAGAUUGAACACAAACUGUUGCUGGCACAGAUGUUUAUCUGACACUUGCUUGGCAUGGAUUGCUGCCCAGCAGGAGAAGAUGCACUACCCACUGGAAGCCCUUGCUUUAGAAGAGAAUCACCACGUCCAGCUUUCAGUUUGCUGGGGGCCUCCAGCAUCUUUUGUGGUUGGGUCAAGCAUGGGUGAGACACUUGCCCGGCUUACUCCAGUACCCAGACUGCCGGGAGGAGUCUGGCCGUGCCUUAAAUUGCUGCUGUUCA